ACAGUUAAUACAGAAAAAAAUUCCUAAACUUGAAGGUAUUGUUGUCUUAAGUAAAUAAUUUAGAUGAUUAACAGAAGCUGUAAUAAAUCAGGUUCUAUCUCCUAACAUCAUUGUAGUCUUAUGAUAUCAUAAGUAAAUGAAAUUACACACAGCAACAUGACUAUUUCAUCUUACAUUUAAAACUUUAAAAUGACUAUAAGUAAAUAUAAGUUCAAAUUCUUUCCAUCAACAUACAGCAGAUUUCUAAAUGUUAUAACAUAAUUGAAAUCAUGAUAAGAAAACAUCGUUUUGAAAGCCAAUAAAAAAGUUUUUGGCUGCUAGCCAUAUAUGCUAGCAAUAGUUAAUGUGUUUAAAUAUGUUGAAAACAAACAUUAUAGCAAUCAUGACUAUGGUUUUAUGGUCUUUAGCUUAGCAUAGUGAUUCCAUGUGAAAUGCUUUCAGUUGUUAAGAACACCCGAUCAAAAGUUAUGCAAUGUAAUCACGUUGAAAUGAAGCCAAUGAUUCUGUUGAAUCCAGUUGUUAUUUGUGAAUAUUGCUAGUUUUUUACUGAUUUUUUGUUGAGCUUUUUAAAUCAGUUUUCUUAUAUUUUCUUAUCUCAGUGGAAAUAGUUGCGAAGAAAGAAACCAGAAAUAAUCAGAAGUCCCGUGCCACCGAGGGACACACGCGGUCAACAAAUAACAGAAACAGAAAGAGAACCAAGAAGAGAACCAACAAUUUGCCCAGAUGUAGAUCAAAGAAUAUAAGACUUAGAGAGUGUGGUCUCAUCCCCUCAUCACUGAAAUCACACAGAGCAACAAAUGAAGCAUGUGGGAUGUUGGGACAGUGUGAUAAAAAUCAGUUGGCAGGAUGUCUUUCAGAAAGAUCUGCAAUGAGUAUGAUGUCUGACAGUGCAACUCAGAAAAUGAAAGAUACCUGUUGUACCAGAAUGACUAAUUGUGCCUGGGGAAACAAAUGUACCGGUACUGACUGCACAAAACACAUGAACUGUGAAAGUGAAUUGACAGAGAAAAAGAGAACCAAGGACAGACCUGGGCACCAAGAUGAAAGCUCAUUUGAAGAGAUCUGGAAGUGCAUAGAACAGAAGCCCUCCAUACCCAGAGCUGACUCAAGUCUGAGGAACCCCAUUGCCAAUAUGCUUCUAACUUCAACCCUUUCCCAAGGCUCCUCUAAUGAUAACCCUCCAUCUCAAGCAUCCUCAAGUCACACCCCUCUCCAACAUCCAACCAACAUUUCUGGCAUAUCUUGGGGAAAUUUUGAGAGAGAAACAAUGCGAGUUGCUUCUUUUUCAAGGUACCCAAUCAGGUCCCUGAAGUCAGCAAGUGUUCUGGCCAACUCAGGGUUCAUUUACGUUGGGGAAGGAAGAAGUGACAAAGUUAUCUGCUACUUUUGUAAUGCCGUUAAAGAAAACUGGAAACCAGAGGAAGACGUGGAGACAGUGCAUAAACAGCUGAGUCCACAGUGCCCUAUGGUCACCAUCACAGAGUCUAACAACACUGCUACAUUAUCUACAGUAGAAGGAGCAACAUCAGUGGAGGACUACAGUUAUUCCAGUGAGACAAACUCUGACCAGGCCAUAACAGUAUCAGCUUCAGGAUAUGAUAACAGACAGCAACCCAGAGCUAGACCUUCAUCUAUUAAUGCUCAGCAACUCAACUGGCUGGAUUCAAACAGAAGAAGUCAACCUCAAACCUCCCAACCUCCAAGAAAUACUUUAAGUUCAGUUGCUCCUCAAACCAAUCCUCUCCCCUCUCAGAAUGGUUCUACUGACCAUCAGUCCCUGCACCCAAACAUCAACUCCCAAAUUUACUCCAUACCCCGCGUACCCCUGUCAGUGCCCGCUGUCAACCCCACAAUUCAACCCGCCAACCACACAACCACACCACUUGUAAGAGAUUUAAACCUUCAAGAUUUAGGAAUAUUCUAUGAGAGACCCAAGAAACCAGAGUAUGCCAUUCUUACCAAGAGACUUGAAACCUUCCAAGGGUGGCCACUUGAAAGUGCUGUCACCAAGGAGAACGUAGCAAAAGCUGGACUUUACUAUGAAGGUUAGUAAAUAUUUUCAUAAUUCUUGUUCAUCUCCAUUUAUGUUAAUACCAAAUGAAAGUGAUACUCAGCUAUUUACAGGUAGCUCUCUCCCAUGCCAUUCAAAAGAAAAGUCUUUUGGUUGUUUUUUAAAAUUUAUAAACGAUAUAAUGUAUUCAUAGUAUUCUUUAAAAAUUUAUAAACCUUAUAAUUUAUUCAUAGUAUUCUUUUAAAAUUUAUAAAUGAUAUAAUUUAUUCAUAGUAUUCUUUUAAAAUUUAUAAACCAUAUAAUUUAUUCAUAGUAUUCUUAAACUUCCAUAUUUGCAAAAUGUGUAGAUACAUUAAGUUGAAACAGACCAAGUUUGAAGAAAAUGUAUGCUGUUCUCAAAUUUGAAUAUUUUUAUAAGCUGACAAAAACAAAAUAAUUUUCAAAUGCAAGAUUUUCCCUCGCUGUUGCUUUCAAUAAUCCUAGGGAGCUUGACCUCAGUUUUCUGUCAUGUUGUUUAAAGUAUUUAUUUAUUUAGUGCUGUCCUCUCCCAAAUGUCAUUAAAUUUUAAAUCAUGCAAAACCACCAAGCUUAGAAAGAAAAGAAAAAACUAUGCUAAAUCUUUUCUAAAGCUAUUGGUCUUUAAAAAGCAAUGCUAUUAUUAAAGCAGAUAUGGCAAGACUAGAAUUCACUGCAUAUGUAAGACUUUAAAAACAUUAUAACUUUUUAAUUGAAACUAUAUCUUUAGGCUAUGGAGACAGUGGGAGAUGUUUCUUCUGUGGUGGAGGCCUUAGAAAAUGGGAGCAAGGUGAUGACCCGUUUGUGGAGCAUGCCCGCUGGUAUCCCAAGUGUGGAUACAUUCGACAGUACAAAGGGCAGGCUUUUGUUGACAUUGUGCAGAUUAUCAAAAAUGAUCCCCCUGACAGAGUAAGUCUGUUAUUUUUUGUUGUCAGUUUUAACUUUUGACUCCGAGCAAUCAACAGUUUUAAGGCUAGUUUUAAAAAUGUAUUUAGAGUUUCUUUUUUGUUUGUUUGCCACAUAAAAAAAUCUGUUUAUUUGCUGUCGACAAAUUGCCAACAUUUUGCAUGUGAACAAUUAUUUUCUCCAUUUUCAUAGACAUUGUUUAUUUCCCACUGAAUGGAAAUAAUUUCAUAUUAAAUGAAUUUCUCCCUUAAGAAAAUUGUACAUAUUAUUAUAAACCAUUUAUCAUAGCAACAAGGGACACUUACAAAAGCCAUGUGGAAGUGGGCCAUCUCAGUGUAAACUGGUAUCAUGCAUGCAAAACUGCUAAAACAUAUGUGAGAGAACAAAGUUAAAGCUAACAAAAGAAGGAAUGCAACAACAAAAACAUAAAGCCUUAAGACUAGUCAUUAGUGUCUAAUUAUUUAUGAUAUUGAAUUAUCAUCAUCUUAUUAUUCAGCAUCAUCUUAUUAUAAAUAAUAUAAUCUAAAUAUUCAUCAUCGGCUAAUUAUUCAUUAUGAACUAAUUAUUCAUCAUCUAAUUAUUAUUCAUCAUCAACCAACUUUCAGAAAACAAUAACUCUAGCUCAGGUGGUGGAGGAAAUGGACAAAUUGGGUGUUACUGAAUCCAAUGGUGAGUUUUUGUUCCGUAUAAUCGUAAAGAAAGGGGCCAGUUGGGUGCUUUAUUUUUAUAAAGGCAGGCCGUAUGCAGUUAUAUAAUAAUAUAAUAAAGUUGCCUCUAAAUGAGCACAAGAGGGCUGCAAUGCUAAUGUAUUGUUGCACAUAUAAAAUAAAAAAAGUUAUAAAAAUUCAAGUACCAAGCAGGGUGAUGUUUUUUUUCCUUUUUUUUUUUUUUUUAAGCUAAAAGUUUUUUUUAAUUAAGGGAACUCAAAAAAGUAUUACCGUAGUUUAUUAUUUAACAUAUUAAUUUCUUUUUUUUAAUGUUUUUUUAAAACUAAAGCAUCAAAGAAAAACAAAAUACUUAAUGUUGCAAUUUCUCUUUUUUUAAAUAUUUUCCCAGAUAUUGGUUAUAUACCGGUACUGAAAAAUGUACACCUCUAAUAUUGUUUUAUAAUUAGUGCUUAACAUCUCUGUUAUACUGUUUUAAUAGGUUUAGGGGCCAUCCAUAUAGUACAUAUGCACUGAGGGCCAUAGCUCAUUUUGGAGAUUUUGCAUACCCAUAGGGGGGGGGGGGGGGGUGGGGUUGUCUCGACAAAAAGUAUGUAGAUAUAUUCACAAAUAUAGAAUAUUUAUCAUGAAAUUCUGAAAACAUAAUGUUGCCUUGUGUCUACUGAUAUCUAGAUGCCACUCUAGUCGUAGGCCUACUCAGAAGUAGCAGUAAUAGUAAUAGUCCACAGUAAUUGGCAAAUUUUUCGGCCACACCAGUGGUUCCUGACAUGUUUCAAUUUCCAGGGCCAUUGCCAAAUUCAGCUUUUCACCCUGUGUUAAAUUCUGACAAGUACACAUUGAAAUAGCGAAUGCAUUAAAAUAAAAAUAAUGAAAGAUUAUGUUAAAAAAAAUUAAACAGUGUGUGUGGGUCAGUAAGUGUAAGCCAGCAGGAGCAAACAGUAAUAACUCAAGUGAGUUACUCUUUUCACCAGGCCCGAUAGAUGUCACAUUGGAUUAAAAGUAGCAGUAAAUGAAAAUGUUAAAAAAUUUGGAAAGUUGUGUGAUAUAUCAUGGUGCCUGUGAAAAAGCCUCGGUAACAGAGGUCAGGGCCAUCCCAGGGAAAUCUAAAAAUAGUAUUUCUCACUAUAUAGAAAAGUGAUUCCUCAGGGAAGACCAGAAAAAAAAAAUGAAUUUUUGCACACUUUUCUUUGCGAAGUACGUGGCAUUUAAGAGUUCAAUCACUAUUAAGGUCCUACGUAAAGAUUAUUCUCCCCCCCCCCCCCCAAUCCUUGCCCCAUCUCCUAAUGUUUGCACCCAGAGCGAGUCACGGUCCUAACAGAGGGAAACAUGGCACCCUAGGGCAGCACAGCGCAUAAUUUAGAAACCACCAGGCUUCCCAAUUGGUCAGCUGUGAAAACUCAAAAGACAUUUUGUUUACUCACUGUGACGUCAGAAUUGUCUAUAAUAUUAAAUAAAAUGUUUUUCUUUGAGUUUUUUUUGUUGUUGUUUUUGAGCGGGUGUGAGGAGACUUUUCAUUUUGUAUACAUAUUAUAGGGAUGGCCCCUUGUGGGAGUAGUUAGGUUUCAUUGUUUAUAUAGUGUUAUGUGAACUUUGCAUCUUUGACAUUCACAGCCUUUGAAGAGGACCCAGUGGAACAUGAUGCAGCAGUAAAAUCUCUGCUUGAUGAGAUCCAAUCACCAAACUCAACAUUGACAUACACUAGGGAAGAGGUCAUUCAAGCUGCACAGAUUUUGCGGAACCAAAGUAAGAAUGGACACUUUCUGUGCGGUACCCAUAACUAAGGGCACCUCAAGAAAAACAAAACAAAACAACAACAAAAGAAAGGGGAUUCAUUUAGGUUGCAUUUUUUCAUAAUCCAAGGAAACAAUUUUGAAAUUAUGUGGGGGAAAAAACUACAUUUAAUUUUGUUUUACUUAACUGGCAAUAGGUGUGCAGUAACACAUUAAUUUUAUUGUUUAUUGGUAGGCAUUGCAUUGUCAUCUGAUCUUAUCCUGAGUCAACUAACACAGAAGCAUGAUGCAACAGAUGGGUCUAGUGGGGCUACGGCUGGGGCAAGGGCUACCUCAGGAGCAAGCAAUACUGGUAAGUCUCUGAUUAGAUUAUUUUUAGGUACCAGUGCAUCAUCUUAUUACUUAUUCUAAGAAUUGGCGUCUUUAAGAUACAAAUGGUUAACGUCAUAGUUGAAUUAGGUUUGACAUGUACAGGGUGCUGUUCACCAUAGAGGGUGAAAAUUUUUACCUGAAUACUGAAUUAUUCAUGGUUUUCUGGUCCUGUAUUUUUUCAAAUGCUAUGCUGGCAUCUAACUUAUAUUUAUGUUCAUUAUUAAAAUUUUGACACUGCAAGAAAAGUCAACUUGUUAAAGGGAAGUUAAUGAAAACCUUGCUUACAACAUGUGGUGUAGAAAUGACAUAAUAAACUAAUCUCACCAACUAUAAACUAAUAUGACCAGCUAUUUAGCUUUACUUUAUGUUACAUCUAAAUCACAUUAAAUUGUUCAUAAGCUGACUACCCUAGUUUAGGCGUCGAAAAGCCUGAAAAGUUUUUUAACCACUCUUAAGCCGACCUCCCUGACCAUUCUACAUUCUAAAAAUAGAAUCCAAUUGCUGUUACCGUCUAUAAAAUUGGAACAGUGGGGAAUGAACCCAAAUUUGUGACCUAAUUUUUCACAUGACAUUACAGUGACUUUGGUUAAUUACUAUUUUUUGUAAUUGUUUUCUAUUAUUGAAUCAAUGCACCAAUGGAAAAUUAUUUUUAAAUCUCUUGCGGUCCACCCAUAAGCCAAGCACCCCACUGAUUCCCUUAAAAUGAUUGUUAAAAUGCUGGCUUUAGAAUGAGUAUUGAAUGUUGUUUACUAAAUAGAGACAACCUAAACUAAAAGAAUAUUUAAAUUAUUGGCCUUUGGUCUUCUAAUAUGCUUUACACUACAUCUGUGGUUUAAUAUUCAUUACUAGAAAUAACCGGUGGGAAACCACUGAGGCGCAUAACCACAGAGGGCUCCCAUCCUCUCCAGACCCCUUUACCUAUACCUACUUUCACUUGGGAAACUACAGCGCCAUCCAUUUUCACUCCUUUAACCCAUACACACCCCCCCCCCCCCCCCCCCCCCCCCCCCCCCCACCCUCCCCCCCCCCCCCGCGCAAAUCAAAGUGACAGUAAGGUACCUUUUCAUUGUUCAUCUACAAAAAUAAAACUUUUCAAACAAAAUUUCUCUUUACUUUCGAUGAUCUGAUAACAACUUUCCAAAAUUUAUGAGAAGGUUCUGCUCUUUGAUUUUGACUGGUGAUGUCUUUCUUUUUUUCAUUUAAAAAUCCCUCUGAAAGUUUGUUGAUCUUACCAGCUUCAUAUUAAAAUGUACACUAACUUUAAAUUUCUUAAUGUUCACGCUUGUUCCUAUGAUGCAAAAAAGUUCUUUAGCAUCAAAAGAGCAUGUUAUUUUUCUAAAUUUUGUUCGCUUGUGUAUAUUUUUACCAAUAGUGUUCCGGACAGAAAAGAAAGAAAUGUCUUGGCUGUUCUAAUAUAUAUAUUAUAUUUGAAUCAAAUUGACUGAUGAGAUGUCAGUUGUGUCACUUAAUUUCUAAGUGAAUUGAAAAAAUUUCCAAUAUUUUAGUCAUUUUUGCAAACAGAAGGUUGCCUGGAUUAUGAACAUACAAUCAUUACAUUACAUAGUAUUUAUAUCACUGCAUUUAAAAUUGCUGAAGAACUUAUUUAAUAUUCUGCAUUUCAGAUACUAUUGAGGAACUAAAAGACCAGAACAGCACACUUCGUAACAACUUAAUCUGCAAGAUUUGUAUGGAUAAAGAAGUCAAGAUCGUAUUCCUCCCAUGUGGCCAUCUUGUGUCCUGUCAAGAGUGUGCAGUGGCUUUUCAUGAUUGCCCGAUUUGCCGAAGCCACAUAAGGGCUUAUGUUCGUGCAAAUAUUCGUUAAAUAUGCAAAAAAAACUUUAAAACUGUUGUUAUAUAAUAAAUGAUCACCAGAUGAUGGUGAGCAAUUGAACAUUAUGUGUACCGUACCUUUAAUUAGAGAAAAUAUAUGUUGAAUGCUGAAGCAGAAUUUUAAAAAAAAUUGUAACUGUCAAUUCUAAUGUGUAUAAAGGAUCUACAUAAAACCUUGUCAUUGUGAUUGAAAAUGUCAUAAAUACCUUUGAUGCUUAUUAUGUUGCAGUUGAAUCUAUGAUAUUCCCCCCCCCCCCUUUUCCCCCACAUGUGUUAAAUUUAAUUUACUCACUUAAUUAACUUAUACAUCUAUAAUAACAGAAACUUAUUUAUCAUAACGCUUGUUUCAGCACAUAAAGGGCAACUUUUGAUUUUUAUUUGAAUCCCACCAAGGGAAACAAAACAGGGAUUAUUUUCUUGUAACUUGAGAUUUAUUGAAACUAGUUAUUAUGUUGAAAUGGAAGGGUGUCAGUGAUUUCUUCUUUUGUUUUUAGAAUUCAUGUAGGAAUUACAAAAUCUUAGUUUUUAAUGUAUGUGACAUCACAGGGCUAUAAUUACUAAUUACUGUUUUGGAUUUUUUUUUUUAAAUAAAAAUACUGGG